AUGCGCUUUAAUGACAACCGUUGGACCAGAGCCGUGAGCGACUGGGUUCCCCGCGAUAUCAAGCGCACUACAGGAAGACCGCCGACCCGAUGGUCAGAUUUCUUCACGAAGUCCUUGAAAGAAAAAUAUGAUGCUCUUCGUGUCCCACGCGAAAGGAGGAACCACUGGGCUACUCUGGCACGCGAUCGGGACAAAUGGAAGAAUUACUGGCGCCCGCUCGACCAGUUCGAAGAUCAACGGCAGUGGCUUGAAGGUAAACGUAAGAUCGAGCUUGUAUCGCUGAGAAAGACGCAACCUCUUAGCCACAGUGUGGUUCUUGAAGGUAUAGACCCCUCAAACAUUAUUUCUCGGGAUGAUGCGCUAAAAAUACCGUCUAUCCGAGAAUGGUGGGAAGGUGACACUAUGGCUGGAUUUCAUACUGUAAUUCGUAACAAAGAAGAUAUUUUGGUUCUGAUUCGGAUAGGUAGUGACUUUUGCGAUUUGGUGGAUGCAAUAAGUCUAGAGUGA